AUGUGAGAAAACUUGAAAUAAUCACUCCUGGAGAAUGGAUGACAAGUGACACGUCAGUGAGAUUUAAACUUAUUAAGAUAAGUUGUUCAAUACACAAUUCCUUUGAAAAAUGCCAAAAUGCGAGAACGUCAGGUGCGAAAUGUAUCUGGUAUGAAAAAGAUAAUAUGUGCAUUAACAGCGAUGAUAAUGAUGUUAAAAACACCAUUUCACAAAUAAAUGGACACAGUAAACAUAAUGACACACCUCGUUACUUGUAUAUCGUGAUACCAGUAAUUGUCGC